AUGGGCUUAUUCGCAUUCGUCUCGUUUCUGGUCGUUACCUCAUUGGGCACGCUGUAUCCGAUCUAUCUUUCGUACAAGGCUAUCAAAAACAAUGACCUCCAAUCGCUCGAAAUCUUGCUCAUGUUUUGGGUCGUCAUGGGUACCAUUCACGCCAUCGAGUCUACCCUUGGAUGGUUUCUACACUGGAUCCCAUUCUUUUACCAAUUCAAGAGCUUACUUAUCCUAUGGCUUACCUUACCACAAAUUCAAGGAUCUACAUACGUUUAUGUCACCUAUGUUCACCCAUUCUUGCUGGAACACGAAGUCGAGAUUGAUACAUGGUUGGUUGAUAUGAAGCAGAGAUGCCGACAGGCGGGUACAACCUACUUUCACCAAUUUGUUAACCGGUUGAAAGCGCUCAUGCUCGCAGCGAUGCUGCCUUCAAACGAUCCCCAUCACCCAAGCAGAACACAACCAGAGAGUCAAGCUAAUAUUCAAGGCACUCAACUCGAUGCUGCUUCAGCCUACGCCUUCAAUCUUAUUCGACAAUUUGGACCUACCGCAUCUGCGAUCUUCCAUCCUAUGCAGAAUCAAAGCACAGAUCCCUCCUAUCUGCACCCCAACGUUCCCAAAUCUCUGCAAGGCCCGAGCUCUCGCACAGCGUCACAAAGCUCCCAACAAAGUGGGACCCUUCGAACCCGAGGGGGUGGAUACCAAAUCCCAGAAUACGACGAGGUUCCCGGCGGAUCUCUCUCUCGAAAGUCGCACGAAACUCUGAAUGCGCCCUCAAUCCAUUCGUCGCUCUCUCGUGAACGCAGCUCAGAUUCUCUCCGGACGACCGGCCAAGCCAAGCCCACCAAGGCCAGUCUAUUCUCCUUCCGGAACACCAACAUGACAUCCAGUGGCUACGACGAGAUCGGCAGGGACGAGGCUUCAGGUAGCGAGAACGAAUGGCUGAUAAGGAAGUCAUCCCCCGUCGGCUCCACGUCCUCCUCUCUCCUCACUUCUCGCGGUAGAUUGAGCGAAGGCAAUCAGAUCCAGCCGCCUCAAUCCCUCGAUCAAUCCGGCAAAAGGAGUCUUAGUGGUAACUCCAAGUGGUUCAAUUGGAGUAGUAAAACUACCACCGAUGUUGAUGAGCAGAGGAAAGCCAAUUAA